AUGGCUUCCACCAAUCAGCAGCCUCACUUCAUUCUGAUCCCCUACCUCAGCCAAGGCCAGCUGAUUCCCACCAUCGACCUGGCCAAAAUCCUCGCGGGUCGGGGCACCAUCGUCACCAUAAUCACCACACCCGUCAAUGCCGCCCGAUUCGCCCCCAUCGUCGACCGCGCCGUCGCCGCCUGCGGGCUCCCCAUCCGCGUCCUCACCCUCGAAUUCCCGGCCGCCCGGUUCGGCCUCCCGGCCGGCUGCGAGAACCGCGACGUCCUCCCUUCCUUCAACCUAUUCCGCAACUUCUCCGAUGCAGUCCGGACCCUGGAGCAGCCCGCAUCCGAGCUCCUCGACCGGGUCGACCCGCCUCCGAGCUGCAUCAUCGCUUCCCAGGCCAUGCACUGGGCCACCGAGGUCGCCGACCGGCGGCGGAUCCCGCGGCUGAUCUUCGACGGGACCAGCUGCUUCACCCUCUGCUGCUCUCACAGCCUCCAGACGUCCAAAAUCCACGAGGGGAUCCCGGAGUCGGAGCGGUUCGUCGUCCCCGGGCUGCCCCAUCGGGUCGAGUUCACCCGGGCCCAGCUAUCGGGCCUGUUCAACCCGGGGGCCCACUUAGACGUCAGCGAGAUCCGGGAAAAGAUAAGGGAGUCCGUGGACCGAGCGUACGGCGUCGUUCUGAACACAUUCGAGGAGCUGGAGAAUGAGUACGUGGCGGAGUGCCGUAAAACUCGGGGAGGCACGAGAAAGAUCUGGUGCGUGGGCCCCGCGUCGCUAUGCAACACGGAUGACGUGGACAGGGCGGAAAGAGGGAAAACGGUUGUUAAUAACGGCGGCGGCGGGGACGAGUCACUCUGCCUCCGGUGGCUGGAUUCCUGGCCGGAGAAGUCUGUAAUCUACGCCUGCCUCGGGAGUUUGAAUCGGAUCACGCCGCCGCAGGCGGCGGAACUCGGAUCCGGACUCGAAUCGACGAAUCGGCCGUUUAUUUGGGUGAUUCGAGGCGGCUACAAGAAGGAAGAGAUCGAGAAUUGGAUUUCCGAGACCGGAUUUGAAAACAGAGUCGGGGGCAGAGGUUUUCUGAUUCAAGGCUGGGCCCCACAGGUUUUGAUUCUGUCUCACCCGGCGAUCGGCGGGUUUCUGACGCACUGCGGGUGGAACUCGACGCUGGAAGGGAUCGCCGCCGGGGUGCCGAUGGCGACGUGGCCGCAGUUCGCGGAGCAGUUCUACAACGAGAAGCUGGUGGUCCAGGUGCUGGGGAUCGGGGUCCGGGUCGGGGCGGAGGUGGUGGUCCACUUGGGGGAGGAGGAGAAGCACGGGGUUCAGGUGGGGAAGGAGAGGAUUGCGGCGGCGGUGGAGGAGCUGAUGGGCGGCGGAGAUGGGAGUGUGGAGAGGAGGAGGAAGGCGGCGGAGCUGAUGGAGAUGGCGAGGGUUGCGGUGGCGGAAGGAGGCUCGUCGUUUGCCGGCGUCGGGAUGUUGAUUGAGGACGUGGCGAAGUUUGGUGCGAGUACUAAUGGAUCGCUGUGA